AUGGAGGAUUUUUUGACAAAAAAAAAGGAGGCGACUCCGAUACUGGACCUCUCGAAAACCGUGGCGAAUUCGAAGGAGGAGUUCCGCAGGCUGUUGGAGAAAGUGCCCGAUUUCAAGAUCAAACCCGAGAAGGUCCCGCCGGAGGCGGUCAAGAUCAAAGAGAAGAAGUUCACGUUCAAAUCGAGGGCGUCGUCGAAGCGGAAGAAGGAAAAGUACUCGUUUAUGGAUCCGUUGCCCAACGAAAUGAAAAAUCUCAAAAUGGAGGAUUUGAUUUCGGUGCCCAUCGAUUGGAAGAUGCUGACCAAUUUGCGACCGAAAAGCAAAACGGAGGAGGCUUUAUAUUCGAGGAUGAUAGAUUUGGGUAAAUUGCAGAACAAGAGCAGAACGCAGGAGAAAAGAAGCGACCCGAUGAUAAGGAAGACAAAAAACAAGUCGGGAAUCGUCGAAAUGCGAGUGGUGUCUUGCAGUAGUUGCGGCGAGGAUUUCUGCACAGGUAAAACUUGUUGUAAAUGCGGAUACGAUUCGUUCGCGAGGAUACCGGAAUCGCUGGCGAGUACCGAGAAACCGACGGCAUCUUCGUCGGUCGUUGCGAUCAAACGAAAGAAUAAUCAUAAACGAUCGAGGUCGAAAACUAAAAGGCAGAAAUCUCCGAAGAAACAUCGAUCGAAAUCGAGGAAAAACAACAGCACUUGA